AUGGUGAUGUUGCACCACACAGCCGCGCUGCUGCUGAUACUGCUAUGUACUGUAGCCACUCUCACGAACGCCAAGUGCACACAGCUCGACAAAUUGAGCCGCGAGAUCGGCGACUGGUGCUCCAAACACCUCCUGGGGAAAGACCCUGACCCCUCGGUGCACUACAGCCUCCCGGCUGGGCAACCAUGGCGCCCCACGAUGGUCGAUGUCUGCCAGGACAUGCCCGACCCGGCCGUCUGCCAGGUCCUUCACUACGACGUGCCAUCCCACUACGUGCCGUUCUGGUGGAACGGGCCCUGGUCAGUGUCGUUCCCCGUGUGGCGGAGGCAGGACGAGAAGGACCUCAAAUGGCAGCUGUUCUUUGGCAACUCCAAUGGGGCCCAAAAGUUCAACAAAAAGGACUUUCGCUUCCACACUAUUGUCAACAACGGAACAGAUGACUUGCAGAUCGCCCACACCGUCCGAGCCUGGUACCACAAGUCCAAGGUCAAGGGCAGGCCCGUGCUGCUCGGGAGAAAGUACGUCACGCCCACCGGGACGAGGCGCGUCCUCUACUUCGAGUUUCAGGACGUCAUCGUCCGGCCCGUCGUAAAGCGGGAAGACGGGGUUUCUGUGUCUGUCCUGGGCGAUGUGCUCCUCCACUGGAAGCUCAGGGACUGUUCACAGCGCAUCCCCAUCUUCCGCAUCGGCCUGGUCCAGGCUGAGUAUCUGGACGGCGCGGAGAUGAAGAAGGCCAAUUUUUUCGGUGUCCCUGCUGAGCACCGCUAUUUUGUUAACAAGUAG